GGCAGAAAACAGCAAAAUCUCCAACUGUGGUUAUGUCUCCCUCUCUGCAUCUCACUUCUUACUGAACUUAACCCCACACACACACACAAACUAAUGGAUCUCCUGAAUUCUUAAUUACUCAUCUUCUCUGGAUCUUUUCUCUACAUUUCUGCCAUCCAUGGACCAACACCACCCCCAGCUCACGUUAGCCAAGAGCUCUCGUCACAGCUAUAACGAGUGGAUAUUUCGUGAUGUCCCGAGUGAUAUAACAAUAGAAGUGAACGGUAUCGCGUUCGCAUUACAUAAGUUUCCUCUCGUUUCCCGUAGCGGGCAAAUCCGGAAAGCGGUUUCGGAAAACCGGGACGCGGUUAUAUCACGAAUCGCGCUUCAAAACCUACCCGGAGGCACUGAAACAUUCGAGCUCGCUGCUAAAUUCUGUUACGGGAUCAAUUUCGAGAUAACACCAUCAAACGUCGCACAGCUGAUUUGUGUUUCCGACUACCUCGAAAUGACCGAGGAUUUCUCGAACAACAACCUCGGAUCGCGUGCCGAUGAGUAUUUAAACCAUGUUGUCUGCCAGAAUCUCGAAAUGUCGGUUUUAGUCCUUCAACAAUGUGAAAACUUACUUCCGAAAGCCGAUGAGCUCAAAAUCGUUACGCGAUGCAUCGACGCGAUCGCAUCGAAAGCGUGUGUGGAGCAAAUCGCAUCUAGUUUUUCGAGGUUGGAGUAUAGUAGUUCAGGAAGACUACAUAUGAGUCGACAAAAGUGCGAAUUGGACUGGUGGAUUAAAGAUUUAUCUGUUCUUCGAAUCGAUGUGUACCAAAGAGUUAUGACAGCGAUGAAAUGUCGUGGGGUGAGACCCGAAAGUAUUGGUGAAUCGCUUAUGAAUUACGCACAAAAAGAGUUGACUAAAAAGCCGAAUGGUGGAAUGAAUGAUCACGAACGACUUGUGGUCGAGACGAUUGUCGGUUUGCUUCCGGUUGAGAAACUUGCGGUCCCGUUAAGUUUUCUUUUUGGGUUGCUUCGAAGUGCGGUGAUGCUUGAUUGUACGGUUGCUAGUCGGCUUGAUCUCGAGAGGCGAAUUGGAUCGUUGUUGGAUAUAGCGACACUUGAUGAUCUUUUGAUACCGAGUUUUCGGCAUGCUGGUGAUACGUUGUUUGAUGUUGAUACGGUUCAUAGGAUUUUGGUUAAUUUUGCGCAACAAGAUGAGAGUGAUGAUGAUGACGAUGAUGAUGAUCAAGAUGGUUCGGGUUUUGGAUCUGAUGGUCUUGAUUCGCCAUCUGAAACGGCUUUGUUUAAGGUUUCGAAGUUGGUUGAUAAUUAUCUUGCAGAAAUAGCGCCGGAUGCAAAUCUUAAACUUGCUAGGUUUAUAGCCGUUGCAGAGAGUUUACCCGCGCAUGCUCGGACUGUCCAUGAUGGACUCUAUCGAUCCAUUGAUGUUUACCUUAAGGCUCAUCAGGGUUUAUCAGAAGCUGAGAAAAAGAAGCUCUGCAAAUUAAUCGAUUUCCAGAAACUGUCACCGGAAGCGGGUGCACAUGCUGCACAAAACGAUCGCCUGCCACUUCAAUCAAUCGUCCAAGUUCUAUACAUCGAGCAAUUAAGACUUAGAAACGCCUUAUACUGCUCUGACCUAGGUGGUGGUGACCACCAGAAGCCGCCGCCAGUGCACCACCAGUCAUGGCGGAUCAACAGUGGUGCUCUCAGUGCUGCGAUGUCUCCAAAGGAUAACUAUGCAUCACUCAGGCGAGAAAACCGGGAGCUUAAACUUGAAUUGACUCGGUUAAGAAUGAGAUUGAAUGAUUUGGAAAAAGAGCAUGUUUGUAUGAAGAGGAAUAUGGAAAAGUCUAACUCACGUAAAUUUAUGAGUUCGUUUUCCAAGAAAAUCAGUAAAUUUAAUCUUUUUGGACAUAGUUCUUCAAGGGGAUCCAGAUCAACAUCUCCAUCCAGGAAUUCACAAAGAACUGAUUCUAAGGUAACUGUCAGAACAGAAUGAAGCAAUUUGUUUAGGAAUAUUUGUUUUUUACUUUUUAAUAAAAGUACGUAUUUAGAGUUGAUAUAUAAUUCGAUUAUGUUUAUGUUUUGUUUCUCAAAGAUUGUAUAAGGGCGUGUUCGGUUUGAGGAUUCUGGCAAAAUCCGAUGGAAAUGGAAUUCGAGAUUCCAUUCCAUACUAUGGCAUGUUUGAUGGAUUUCACCAUUCCUUAGAGUAGGUGGAAGGAAUUCAUUUCUGUUCCUCCUUUCAUUAUUAAAAAACUAAAAAUACCCUCCUGGAAUAUAAUAGAAAUAGAAAAAGUAGUUAUAACCAAAAACUUAUAAAUUAUCCAAUUUUUAUUAUCGAAUUCCAUUCAAUUUCCUGCCAACCAAACAUGUAACAUAUUCCAAUUCAUGUAACAGAUUCCAUUCAUUCCAAAAACAUUUGGUAAACCAAACGCCCCAUAAAACUCAACAUUAUAACUUUUAUGAUCCAAAGAAGCAUGAAUUGUUCUGUUCUACUAUUGUGACCUCAUAGAACAUAAAGACUAUGAUCUCAUGCCUUUUUCACACAAAACCAAGGUUUUCAACAACGGGGAGUUCAGUUCCAAUAAUAUUGGAUAAUUGUACUAAAGUCAAAAGUCACCCUUAGGUUUGGGGAUAUCCGAACACGGCCCUCCUUCUUCAUGCAGGAUUUCAAAUUGGUACCUUGUUGACCAUAGUUUGCAGUUCUUCCCCAUGCUGAACCAAUUCUAUUUAGAUAAUAGUCUCUAGCUUGAAAAGUCAAACUAUCACCAUCAUCAUCAUCAUCAUCCAACGUAUUUUCUUCACAAGAACUUGAUCCUUCUUGUUCCUGAUCAUGAAACUUGUAUUCAGAAAUAGGUGUCCUUCCUGCCAUUGAUUUUGAUGGUGAGAUCUGUUGGGAAGCUUGAUUAUGAUCACUAGUGUUUGGAGACUCAUUUGGAUGUGAAGAGAGUUGACUUCUUCUAUGUUUGACCAAUUUAUAUACGGUUUUGUUUGGGACAAUGUAAAACACUUGACCAGGAACCAUAAUGGAUUCAGGGCGAACAACUAUAUAAGGAUUCUUAAAGAAAUCAGGGCGAGUGAUACUGUGUCUAGGAUUCUUCCUCAUGAUUUCAGCAGCUGUGAUUGAGCUUCUGUGAUACUCAACAUGCCUACCUGGAUGCACUAGUUUAAGCACACCUUUCUCUUUUGUUGAAGCUCCCAUAUGGUGUGUAAAGACUAAAGAAUACAGUGGAAGGCUAUUGGAGGUUUUGUGUUUUCAUUCUUAUAGUGUUUUGUUCUUGGAUUUAUUGGCUAUUUACAAAAGAUUUGGCGGAGAGUUCAAGGGAAGG